UUUGACUAGGAGGACAACUGAAAGAGAGGUGUAAAGAAAGUCUCCUCAGCUCGCCGUGUCAUUUUAACUCCUCUGACUUAUCUUACCUACUGGGGUUGUGAUUAAAUAUGGCUGGUAUUCAGGGAUUACCGAAGUGGGAGAGAAAAAUGCGCAUAUUUCUGUGCGCUUUUGGUAUGGUUUUGUCAGUUUAUGCGCUUCACGUCGAGCUGUCCCAUGAGAGAAACCCAGAAUACAAAGCAAUGUGUGACCUGGGGGAGUCUGUGAGCUGCUCCAAAGUUUUUAGCUCCAGAUGGGGACGUGGUUUUGGUUUGGUCCAGUUCUUUGUUGCCAAAGAUAGUCCUCUGAACCAGCCCAACAGUGUGCUUGGCAUCAUAUUCUACACUUUGCAGCUGGGCCUUGGACUGUCACUGUCCAAGAGAGCUGCCAUGUUUUUGGUUUUGUCCUCUUGGGUGUCUAUAGCCGGCUCGCUCUACCUCGCAUCGAUUCUCGCCUUUGUUCUGGGUGAUUUUUGCAUGGUCUGCGUGUCAACAUAUAUUGUCAACUUUGCGUUGCUCUUCACCAACGUGAAACGAAAGAGCUCAAUUGAAGGAAUGAAAGAAAAGGCCGGAUAGAAAACAUCACUUGUGAAAUUCAACACCUUUUUUUCUGCUGACCUGAAGCUCACACUGGAUCUGAAAGCCAAUUCUCUCCCACGUUGUGUCUGUGUUGUUAACACCUGUUGAGACAUUUUAAAGAAACAGGACUGGAGAGGAAUAGAAGACAAAAGAUAAUUUUCAGUAUAGAAACAUAAUAAAGCGGCAGUCAUUUCGGUACAUCAUUGUGCGUUUGAUUACACAUUUCCGAAUACUAUCAACUCUCUGAUGUGAUUUGUGUGUGGUUGGUGAAUUCAAUAGAAGUCCUAAAAAUUGAUAUAAUCUGCAGUGAAUUACUUUGAAUUAGGAGAGGAAUGCAGUUUGAGCCUUGCAGAUAGUCGAUCCAACCAGUAGAUGGUGCUAAAUGCCUAGGAUUAUCAUGUACUACAGUUUUUACAUUACGUUUAUAUCUGGCUGAAAAAUGGGGCUGGAAUUGUAGUUUUUUACUUAACCCUUUAACUGAAUCUUUUCUUCUAUUAUAUAUUUUGCAAGUCUUGAGGAGAAGUUCUGCAUUUUUGUCUUUCCACUUUUUAAAAUGAAAAUUGAUGAUGUUGGUGUGUAACUGUAACAAUAUCACAAGUUCACUCAUUCACAUUUUGGAGGCCGCAGAUUUUUCCACAAGAGGGAACUGUUUCCUUCUUGUCAAAUUCAACACAUGUCAGGAGGACGAGGACAGUAUACAGCAGAUUUUGUUUUGUCUUUACAGGUUUAAAAUGUAAAAUAUAGGAUUUCAAACCAACACACACAAACAGUAGCUGUUACUCUGGUAGUGUACAUUUGUCUUCAUCUGCAGAUAUACUACAACUGUCUGUUACUCUUUUUAGCUUGUAGGUGACGCAGGUUGGAGAGAUCAAAAACUGCCUGGUUUGGCCUGCUGUGUCUUUGUCCUUUUAUACUAAUCACCUUAUCCAACUGAGUCCCACUGGUUUUACACAAGACCAAUGUUAUCAUAUCAUAUAGUUAAACCAUACAGUGUUUUGUGCACUGAAUCACUAAUGAAUUUCAGGCCCAGUUAAUGAACACUAGAUGGAAAGCUGGUGCUGUAUGACAAGCACAAAGAGGAGGAGAAAGGAUGUAAAAAUUAAAGUAGUGGGCCUACUCUGUGGGAAAAAAUAUGUAAAAUAAAGAUAUCAAAAAGCAGA